AUUAAAUUUAAUAAACGGCAAUAUUUAUAAGUGCAAGACGUAGAGUACACUAUUCUUACGCGAAUCAUAAAUCUCUAAAAAUACAGUUCAGAAAUAUUUUGGGUAACUAACGCCAUAUACAACAAAACGCUCCAACACACAUGCAUACAUAUAACAUGUGUAUGUAUGUAGAUAUAUGUGAAGUUUUAGGCGAAGCAAUUACCAACUAACACACGAGUAUAGUUUUGUGGAGGCGCACUUUACGUGCAGAGCAUACCAAAAAUCGUAGGCGUUGGGGGCUAAAUCAGCAGCAGCAUAAAAUCGAUUCCAAGUGCAUGUGUGCGCGCGUGUUUGUGUGUGUUGUUGCAAAUGUAAGAAGCAGAGCCUCACGCGCUUUUUACCAAACUACUCACAGUAACUGACGCAUAAUAAAUCUAAUAAAACAACUUGUGCUCUAGUCACAUAUGGUGUGCAGAAAUAAAUACAUAUAGAAGUACAUACAAAUUUACAAUCAAUUGUAGACUAUUUUUUAUGGUCAUAUGCAGUCGAUUUGUCCCUGGGUACAACAUCUAUACAGAGUAAAGACAACAACAACAGCAGCUGUAAGAACGACGUGAACGUGGCAAAGUUGAAGAAGUAUAAUUUGCAAAUAGAAUUAUCGCCUCACAUUUGGAGGUAGUGGCAACCAAAUGUAUAGACAACAUAUGAGGCACCUACGAGUUCAACAGCUGCAUCACAAUCAGUUACGACCGUUUGUUUCCUACUACAUACGUUCGUAAAGGCAGUCUAAUCGCAUUAUAGAGAAGAGACCUAUCUUCAAUUUAAGAAAAUAGAGUGAAGUUUAGCUAUUUAAGGCAUAGACAAAGCCAAAGGCGCAGCGUCUCACACUCAAUUCUUUAUAAAAUGAUGAAACGCACUCGUGUCGAUGAGGUGCAGUUUGGCUCAAGGCCCGGUCCUGGUGGCGUUGGCGGAAGUGGUGGUGGUGGCGCAGGUGUUGGCAGCGCCGCGUCCGCUGGCACUUCCAGUGUGGGCGUCAAUACGGCCGGAGUUACGAUAGGCACGGUGCUGCCAAAUGCUCAUAGUGCCACCAUAAGUGGAAUUGGCAUUGCUGGCUCUAUUCCACAUCAUCGGAUUUUGACACCACAGCAUGGUGGUGCACAGACCAUUGCUUAUUUGCCGUCUACAACGCCGACGGCGACGAAUUUGAAAACAACGAGCACCAUUGUCGAUAGUGCCAGCACGGGCGCGCAAACCACUGUCGGCGGCGGUGUGGGCAAUAGCGUAGUAGUGUCCACCGGCAGUGCCGCCACACAAACAUUGCAGUAUACCACUACAUCUUACAGCGUGGCCUCCAUACAAGCAGGUGGCACCCUGAAGGCCAACACAUUAGAUGGAAAUACCGUACAAAUCCACGUCACUGGCGGUGCCGCUGGUGCUGGUGGUGGUGGGAACACACAAACCGUCUCGAGUAGUUCACAAACCGGCAACAUACGUCAGCGUACGAUUAGUGGCACACAAACCGUCAGCACAGCCAGCAGUCUUACAACGACGGCACAGCAAACACAGCCACCGCUAGCGUCCCAAACACCGCCCGCACAACCGCCCAAUGGACCGGGCAGUGGCGGCGGUGGCAGCACUCCACCGCAGGGUCAGUCUGGUAAUGCCACUCCCCGACUCAAGGUCGAGGAUGCGCUCAGCUACUUGGAUCAAGUAAAAUACCAGUAUGCGGAUCAGCCGCAGAUCUAUAACAACUUUCUGGACAUUAUGAAGGAGUUUAAAUCGCAUUGUAUUGACACGCCCGGCGUUAUUGAACGAGUUUCGACGCUUUUCAAGGGACACACAGAGCUAAUAUAUGGCUUUAACAUGUUCCUACCACCUGGGUACAAAAUCGAAAUCCAUUCCGACGCACUUGGCUGCUCGGUACCGGUGGUAUCGAUGCCCUCACCACCGGGUGCGCCGUCCAGCACGGGUACAGUGCACAUGAUCGCCGGCAGUCCUUUGGCGAGCGCCACACAUACACUGAAAACACAAGGAGGACCUGGCGCUAGCGCCUCAAUUGCACCGCCCACCGCCGCUGGUGCUAGUCUAGCUCAAAUUCAAACCGGCGGCGCUGUUAAUCUGAUGACGCAUGGUGGAGCAUCAUUGACUCAGACUACAAUACAUGCGUUGCAGCCAACCCCGGCACAGGCCCAAUCUCCAAGUCAUGUGCAUGUCAGUGUGACAAAUUCGCCAUCGCCAGCAGGCGUCCCACAGUCCCAACAGCAAAGCAUAUCGGUCUCUGCACACAAUGUUCCCCAGAAUUAUUCACGAGAUCGUGAGCGUGCCACUAUAACACCUACUGGCGGGCAGGCACAAGCAGCCAGCAUUGUUGUUGGCGGACCACCUACCCCCAAUUCUCUGAGUGAGCUAAGUCCCCAUGGUGGGGCUGGUGCGCAGCAUAAUCUACAUCACAUACAACAGGCACACCAAUCUAUUUUGCUUGGGGAAACAACUGGCCAACAGAACCAGCCGGUGGAAUUCAAUCAUGCCAUUACGUAUGUCAAUAAGAUAAAGAACCGUUUCCAAAACCAGCCAGCAAAGUACAAGAAAUUUCUCGAAAUUCUGCACGCCUAUCAAAAGGAGCAGAAAGUCCUAAAGGAGGGUAGUAUGAACCAGGGGAAAAUGUUAACGGAGCAGGAAGUUUACACGCAGGUGGCCAAGCUAUUCGGCCAGGAUGAGGAUCUGCUGCGUGAAUUUGGCCAAUUUCUUCCGGACGCCACGAAUCAUCAGUCGGCUCAGUAUAUGGCCAAAUCGGUGCACAAUGAUCAUAAGCGGGCGACAGCGACCCUGAGUGGUGGUGCGCAUAUUAGCAUGUCGCCGGCACCUGGUGGUUCGCCUUUACAUUUAAAUAGUGGCGCAACCUUGUCGCAAAUCGAGAGCAGUCCGCAUGCAGCAGCCAUUGGAAAUUUAUCGGCUGUAAAUACUAGUGUCAGCAUCAAGUCGUACAACAAUAAUACACAACAAAAUCAUGUUUUAAAUGCAUCCGGCGGUCUCAAUGCAAGUACACGCAACGAUGUGAUCUAUGAAAAGGAUUAUCAUAGUGUGGCAAAUGUGCAACAUAGAGUACCAGGCGCUGGAGCAAACUUAGGAGGCGCUGCUGCACACCAUUUGCCAGGCGCACCACCAGCCAACAUGCGCAGCAGUGGCGGCGCCCUAGGCGGCUUUGAGAAAGAUCAUCGGAAUAAUCAUCAUGUCCAAAAGUACAUUGGACACACACAACAAAUGGCUGGUGCUCACCAUAGCCUCAAGAAAUCGCCCAGCUAUGGUAGCAACAUCUCUGUGAUUGGAUCCAUGCCGCAUAUUAGCGACAAUUCUAUGGAUCGCAGUUCUCCAGGCAUCAGUUAUGCAACGCAACCGUUGCCCAGUGGUGCGCAUCAUCAUCAUCCGCACAACUCUGGUUCCAGACGACAAGUAGAUGAUGGCGGCGUUAUUGGAGGAGGUGCCGGCUUAGGUACUGGACCCCCGCCUGCCAAACGACCGAAGCCAUAUUGUCGCGAUGUUAGUUUCUCAGAGGCAUCGCGCAAGUGCACAAUAUCGGACGCAGCAUUCUUUGAUAAAGUGCGCAAGGCGUUACGAAACCCCGACGUUUACGACAAUUUCUUGCGCUGCCUAACGCUCUUUAAUCAAGAAAUUGUGUCCAAAACAGAACUGCUAGGUCUGGUGUCCCCCUUCCUUACGAAGUUUCCCGAUCUACUACGCUGGUUCACCGAUUUUCUGGGUCCACCUGUGUCACAAAUGGCCAGCGGACCGCUCAUCGACGGCAUGCCGCUGGCGGCGACGCAACGUCAAGGCAGCAACAGCUCGCACGAUCGUGCCAGCAGCCAUCAAAGUGCCGAGUACGUUCAGGAUGUGGAUUUGUCGCUGUGCAAACGACUGGGCGCCUCUUACUGCGCAUUGCCGCAGUCUACGGUUCCGAAGAAGUGCAGCGGACGCACUGCUCUCUGUCGCGAAGUGCUUAACGAUAAGUGGGUCUCUUUUCCGACAUGGGCCAGCGAGGAUUCUACAUUUGUGACGUCGCGAAAAACGCAAUUCGAAGAGACAAUCUAUAGGAAUAUUCACAGAACCGAGGAUGAACGCUUCGAACUGGACCUUGUGAUUGAAGUAAACAGUGCGACGAUACGAGUGCUGGAGAAUGUGCAGAAGAAAAUGUCACGUAUGUCACCAGAGGAGCUGGCCAAAUUCCAUUUGGAUGACCAUCUGGGUGGUACAUCGCAGACAAUACACCAGCGUGCCAUUCAUCGAAUAUACGGCGAUAAGUCCGGCGAGAUAAUACAGGGCAUGAAAAGGAAUCCUUCGGUGGCUGUGCCCAUAGUGCUUAAGCGGCUGAAAGUCAAAGAGGAAGAGUGGAGGGACGCGCAGAAGACGUUCAACAAGCAAUGGCGCGAACAGAAUGAGAAAUAUUAUCUCAAGUCGUUAGAUCAUCAGGCCAUUAACUUUAAGCCCAACGACAUGAAGGCGCUGCGCUCCAAGAGUCUCUUCAACGAGAUUGAAGCGCUGUACGAUGAGCGACACGAUCAGGAAGAUGACAGCAUGGAGCCCAGUGGUCCACAUCUAGUGCUGCCCUAUAAAGACAAAACCAUACUGGACGAUGCGGCAAACUUGCUGAUACAUCAUGUCAAACGACAGACUGGCAUACAGAAACAGGAGAAGCAGAAAAUCAAACAGAUAAUUCGUCAAUUUGUGCCUGAUCUUUUUUAUGCGCCACGACAGCCGCUAAGCGACGAUGAACGCGAUGACGCAUUUCAAUUUUCGAUAGAUGACAAUUCAAAAAUGGACGUUGACUCGCCCAGAAAUGCCAAGAUCCCGACCAGCAAUGAGGGUGCUUCGCCAGCGCGCAGCAAUGUUAGUAGCACCAGCAGCGGCGGUGCAGGUACAGCAACAACAAUCAAAAAGGAAACUGACGAAGUGAAUUCAACAUUAGCAACACCAACAACAACAUCCGGAACAACUGCAGCAGAUGCCGCGCCUUCAACAUCAGCUGCAGCAGCGGCCGCAGCAGCAGCCGAAGUUAAGACAAAAGAUGAGCCUGCGCCUGGUGCUGUUGCAGAUGCCCCAACAGCUGCAACAUUAUCGGGUACAACGGCAACGACAGCUGCUGCAUUAAGUCCGUCAAGACCUGCAGAGGAAGCGGCUGUAGCUACAAGUAGCGAUGUCGAGAUUAAGCAGGAGCACGGAGAAUACACUAAUCCUUCCCUGUUGCCGCCGCAUGCUCAGGGCCAGCAUGAGGAUGAAUCAUAUUCACUGUUCUUUGCCACCAACAAUUGGUAUCUAUUUCUGCGACUACAUGCCAUCCUUUGCGAGCGUCUGCAUUUAAUGUACGAACGUGCGCGCCUACUGGCCAUCGAGGAGGAGAAGAGUCGUGUUAAUCGACGUGAGAGCACGGCCACAGCUUUGAGACUGAAACCGAAGCCUGAAGUGCAAGUGGAAGACUAUUAUCCCACCUUUUUGGAUAUGCUGAAGAAUGUGCUCGAUGGCAACAUGGACUCGAAUACAUUUGAAGAUACCAUGCGCGAAAUGUUUGGGAUUCACGCUUACAUAUCAUUUACGCUCGACAAGGUUGUCUCGAACGCUGUACGUCAGCUACAGUAUUGUGUGACGGAACGCGCUGCCCUAGAUUGCAUGGAGUUGUUCGCCAAUGAACAGAGACGGGGCAGCACCGGCGGCUAUUGUCGCGAUGCCCACAAGUCAUACGAUCGUGAGAUGUCCUAUCAGCGUAAGGCAGAGAACAUACUCAAUGAGGAGAAUUGCUUCAAAGUGUACAUUUAUAAAAUCGAUUGUCGAGUUACCAUUGAGUUGCUUGAUUCUGAGCCAGAAGAGGUGGAAAAACCGGUACUUAAGGCUCAAAAGUAUAGCAAGUACGUUGAUCAUCUUGUGAAUCCGGCGUGCAGUGGUGGCAACAAUAACAAUAAUAACAACAACAGUGCAAAUCAAUCCUCAAAUUUGGCUGCAUCAGGCAGUGAUCAUAUUGUGGAAACGUCCGACAUAAAAACGGAGGAGGAAGAUGAAAAUGCUGAGCGGAUACGGGGUAGUGUGCGAAAAGCGCGUUUUCUGUUGCGGAACAAACGCAAAUCGCAGCUUCAUGAGGAGCAAGUGCGUCAACUAUUUGAGCAGAAACGAAUUUGCGCAAACAAAACGUUGGGAACAGAGGCAAAUCAACCCGAUGCUGCAGCAGCCAACGCGAGCACCAGUGGCAGUGGAAAUUCAGCAAUAAAUAAUAAUAAUAAUAACAACAGUUGGACUAAACGUGUACCGGAACGCUUUGGUGCCCCACAAGUGGGCCUGGCCGAGCAAUAUGCGUUUAAUGAUCGCGACGAAAUAACCACAAAUGUAAGCAACGGUCGCUGCUUUGUGACCAGCAAGAAUCUCAAGCUACUCAAAUACGAUGCAGUGCGUCGUGCCAGAAAGACCCAUUGCCGAGUCACACAGUCCAAGUACGCGCGCUUUCAGGGCUAUGUAAACAAGUGGCUGCAGGAGCACGUCAGCGAGCAACUGCAGCAGCAUUGUAACGAUUGGUUGCUGGGAAAGACGGCGGAACAAAUCAAUGCCAGUGGUUGGGGUGCAACAUUCAAGACCAAAUCAGUGCAGCAAAAGGACACAUCAAAGACGCCAUAUCGCAUCUAUACGCGUUACAAGGUCUUACCACCUGGUAGCGUAACAGCAAGUGGUCUGUCGAAUUCCACAACUCUCAAUGCAGCCGUCGCCGCUUCAGCAGUCGGUGGUGGAGCAGCAGCCAUCACAUCAAUACCGGCAACGACAGCUGUUGUAGUAACGGCAACGUCAUCGGUCUCAUCGACAGCAUCGAACUCGAUAGCCAGCAACUUAAUGGCUGCUGAUAGCACUACAGCAACAACAACCAAUACCACACCGAAUGCACCACAACAGCAUUGUAAUAGUGCGGCAGCCGCAUCCAGUGGCAAUGCCGAGCCACUGCAGCAAGUGCGGCCGAUGGAAAGCUAACCGGUUGCAACUGCCGUCAAUUAGUCAACCUAGCAGUGUACAGAUUUUCGGAUCAGCCCUAAUUUCGAAUGGCACACAUAAUGCUGUCCAAGACUCUAAUAGCUCCCAGGGGGAGCGGCCGGUAUUAUUGAUAUAUUGGUGGUUUAUCUAUCUACAUAUAUAUUUUUGGAGGCUUAUGUUAUUAAAAUUGGAAGUCAGUUGACAGCAGCUUGCACAUAAUUUAACAAUUUUAAGAGCAUAGUAAUAGAACCAUAAACGAAAACUGUUACAAACUACAAAGGCACUUUUCACUUUGUACAAAAGUCAUUUAUUCAUUAUUCAUUUGAUCCUAAUUAGAAUUUUAUAAAUAUUAGAAUUACAUAAAUAAUGUGUAUUUAGUGUUUAGACUAUUAUUGAUGAUAAGUUAUAUAUACAUGUAAGUCACGAAGGUCUAAUCUAGCCCUCUGUAAAUGUUUUGAGUACUGGAAUGAAAUAGUUUUGUUAGUUAGUGGUUUUAUAUAAACAGAAAAGAAACUCAACAAUUCGAAGUAGAGUAUUUUUUGAUACAAAUUAACCUUGUACAAUUCCUUGUGAAUACUAAUAUUAAAUACAUAUUCUUAAGAUACAGAUCUAUAAACAUUAAAAAAAACCCA